AUGCAUUCAAUAGUCUUGCAUCCUUCCCGUGCAAUUUCGACCAUUGAUCUGUGUAAGAAUAAUUCUAAACGAAUAAUGAUGAUUAGAGACGUAAUUUCCAAGAUCCCUCGGCGGCAACGAAUUUAUACUAUGAAAUCGACCUUCUUGUGUAGGAUUUAUACUAAUAGCUGCUCUUCUCACCCUUCAAGCGAUGGCCACCUGGUAAUUCUUGUUGCAGAGAUGGAGUCGGACAAGACGAUGUUGUGGUCGAUGAUGGGUCUCAUGUCCCUGCAAUCCAAAACGCUGCCCAACCUUCUCCACCAAAUUUACAAUCUCUGGAAGAAGUGUCAAGAAAAUUCAAGUGCAUACUCUAACAUAGAAAUCCCUGAGUUCGAAGAAGCCUCCAACAAAUCAUUCAAUGAAAUAUACCGUUCUGUGCGAAUGUAUGUGAGCAGCCUUGAUGCAACAGCAAAUGCCCCCGCAGUGUUCAUCACGCGACUCAUGCGGAAAAUGAAGCCGGUGUUUAGCCUGCCCUCUCAACACACUGUCAAUGACGACUUCCAGGGAGCCCGAGUGUGGUGGACACACGUUGUCAACACUAACAGCGAUGAAAACAAAGAGAGAAGAGUAACAGAUGGCGGAAGAACCGAAGGUUCCGAAAGAAAGUAUGUCUUGAAAAUUUCCAACAGGGACAAAGCUAGGGUUUUAUCAUCCUACAUCGAACACAUCUCAGAGUUUGCAGACAACCUGCAGAGGAGCAGCAAGGAGAGGAAGCUCUUCAGCAAUGUCGAGAGUAGAGAGGACCGUGGAAGCUGGAGCUCGGGAUGGAGCUCGGUGGCGUUCAAAAAUCCCUCCACUUUUGAAACUCUAGCCCUCGAGCCCUCGCUUAAACACAAGAUUAAGGAGGACCUUGACUGUUUUCUGCAGAGCAGAGAGUCUUAUCACAGGACGGGCCGCGCAUGGAAGCGAGGUUAUCUUCUGUACGGCCCUCCUGGUACUGGCAAGUCUAGCGUCAUCGCCGCCAUUGCCAAUUACAUGAACUACGAUGUUUAUGAUGUGGAGCUCACCAUGAUAGCCGACAAUUCCAAACUCCGUCAGCUCCUGCUCGCAACCUCAACCAAAUCUGUUAUCGUCAUUGAGGACAUCGACUGCGCUGCCGAUUUCAUGCCCACCAAGGAAAUGGGCAGGGGACCCUCUGAGUCUACCAUCACUCUUUCUGGCUUGCUUAAUUUUGCAGAUGGGCUUUGGUCCAGCUGCAGCGAAGAGAGGAUCAUGAUUUUUACGACCAAUCACAAGGACCGACUCGAUUCUGAGCUGCUCAGAAGUGGUCGAAUGGAUAUGCAUAUACAUCUGUCUUACUGUGAGUUUGAGGCCUUUAAACAAUUGGUUUAUAAUUACUUGGGUCUGGGGGAUCACUUGCUAUUUCCGUCUGUAGAAGAGAAGAUGAAAUCCGCAGGGCGCCUGACUCCUGCAGACAUCUGUGAAAUUCUGAUUCAGAAUAAAACUGAUCCUGAUUCUGCAAUUAAAGCUGUUAUUGAUGCUCUCGAUGCAGGAAUUUGCAGUACAAGUAAGAGUCUAACUGACUCUUCUGAAGAUUAA